UGUGGAGUGAUCUCGUAUCGCAUAAACUGAGUUUGUAUCUUAAAUUUACACAGAAUGAAUAGUUAAAAAUGGCCGUGAAUAAACCCUAUAAAUGCGUUAAUUGUGGAGAGGCAUCUGCGGCCUUAUACAAAACUUAUGGGCCGUCUGUUUUGAAGCUGACCAAAUGCGAUAAAUGCAACGGAAUCGUGGACAAAUAUAUAGAAUAUGAUCCAGUGAUUGUUAUGAUUGACCUAGUGCUGGUAUCGAAGGAAGCUCAGAGACAUGUGCUGUACAAUACAGAGUUUAAGGCAUAUUGGAAGCUAUUCAUCAUCCUGAUAAUGAUAGAAACAUACGGACUAUGGCGGAGUGAUAGUCUGUUCAACAUUGUGGUCAACACAGCAUGCGGCAUACAGACAAACAAUACUACAUUAAAUAUUACACAUUUACCUUUAUCCAUUCGAUGGGAAGCACCGCAAUGGUGGCAGCGACAAUGUAGCGGUUGGCAACCAGAGGAACGCGAUGAGAGAGACCUGUUCAUUUGGGAGAAACACUUCUACAUACAGUUCAUUUCUACAUUCGCUGGUGUCACCGCAUUCAUACUGACGGUGCACUUCGCCAUGAAAAUGCUGAAGCCUUUCAUUUCGCAGAAUGAAGUCCGAUUCUCAUCUUUACUAAAAGCAUUCUCACUGGCCAAUGUGAGCAUACUAUUAACCCUUCCCAUGCUGGUGUGGGGCUCAGAUCCUGUUGCAGAAACCAGAGCUUUCCACUAUGGAUUGGUAUUUGUGUAUAGUUUCGCUGUGCACCUUAAUACAUUUAUUGUUCUCUAUGGCUGCCCAAUGACGAUCACAGUACUUGUGCUGGCAGCCAGCAACGGCAUGAAAUUCCUCACCACCUACCACACCACGCCACUUAUAAGGGACCUGCUACAAUAGUUACAGAGAUUUAUGAUUUUGAAGACUGAACAAUUAAAUAUAGAUAGAAUAAUAG